AUGCAGGGUUCUCGAAACCGGAUGAACCACAGUUUUUUGGCCCAAUGCUGCGAAGCAGCAGAGCUGAAAAUCUUGAUCCGCCACUAUUCGACAAUCUCUGACUGGCUGUGGUGUCGUGGCGGAGUGGGCAUGAGCAAAGGAUUCACGCCAGACGAGAGUUUCCAGGGCGAGUCGGCUCUGGGGAAUGUGAACGUGCAGGACUGGCGCAAGCCUUUCAAAUGGGUUCGGGCGAAAGAGCUGCACAAGGAUGCCAAGCUUUUCUCGGUCAUUCAGGCAGACAACAUUGUACAGGGGGAGUUGGGCGAUUGCUGGCUUUUAGCGGCGAUGGCUGUUUUCGCAGACUUUCCGGGCCACAUCAUGAACCUGUUUGAUGACGUCAAUCUCAAAGAGAGUGGUCGAUACGUCAUCAGGCUGUGGGACAUCAAAGGCAAAGGCGAGUGGCAGGACGUGGAAGUCGAUGACCUGAUCCCUUGCGACAAGUACUGCAAGCCCUUGUUUGCUCAAUUGACGGGGGAAAGUGGCAGCAUGUGGGCGCUGUUGCUUGAAAAAGCUUUCGCGAAGUUCGUCGGCACCUACGAGAAGUUGGUUGGGGGGAGCACGGGGUGGGCUUGGCAGGUGCUCACGGGGCAGCCCUGGAUGGCACGGUGGUCGCGGGACCCGGGCCAGAAGUGGACGCGCUGGGAGAUGUGCGACAUCCAGAAGUGUUUUGGGACUGCCGAAGAGAACCUCGCCGCUGCAGCCAAGUGGCGUUCCGACGGCAUGCGCGGUGGGCGCUGGAAGGGACCUGUCGAGACAUCAGAAGAUGAUCAAAUGUUCCAGGCGCUGGCUUCCUACACCCAGGCCUGCUUCGCCAUCAGCUGCUCCAUUGGGCAAGGGGAUCGCGCCGAGGAGCGGCGUCCUGACGGCCUGCUCGCCAAGCAUGCUUACUCUGUCCUCCAGGUCCUUUGCGCUCAUGGCCAGCGGCUCGUCCAGGUGCGCAACCCCUGGGGGAGCGGUGGCGAAUGGAACCGGGCCUGGUCUGACAAAAGUGAGGAGUGGGAGAAGCAUCCCCAGAUAGCAGAGGACUUGAAGGUAGUGGAUGCAGAUGAUGGGCGAUUCUGGAUGCCGUGGGAUGCUUUUGCUGAAAUCUUCGGCGGGCACAUCAUGGUUUGCCCUGUGACGUUGCCGUGUCCAAUGAACUCCCAAGUCGUCACUGACAAAGACAGCUUCACCAGGAGGAUGCGAUGCCCGCAGUGCCGACAGCCCUACACCCGGAGCUGGGUGCUCCUGGCGAGCGGGGAGUCCACGGCAGGUGAUGGCGCCUGGAAGCGCCUGGCAGAUGGCAAAAGCCUGUGUUUCCUUUGCCUCCGGGCGACCUGCCGAGCCAGCGAGCGACUUCUCAAGGGCUUGAAGAUUGCGGGACUUCAUGAACAGCCGAAGCUCACUCUGGCCCCUCCAAAAGGCCCACGCAGAAUGAAAGAAUGCGAGCAUGGGGCGGCAUGCUAUCGUCGCAAUCCGCAGCACUUCCAUGAGCGCUUCCACCCCAGCCUGCUUCCGCCCGCCCCUGCCUGUGCAAGUGGUUGCGGCCGUUCAGCAGCAUCGGGCUACAAGACCUGCUGUCCAAAAUGCACAAGUUCUCCUCCAGAUCUCAAGGUGCACAUUCCAUCCAGGCACAAGGGCUUGGCAGGUCUGUACAAGGCCGUCGAGAGGCCGAAAGGCAGAGAGAAAGGGCCGCCGGUGUGGCGCCAAACUGAUGGGAGGGGUUGGCUCUGGAAGGGGCACGUCUGGAUGAUGGGUGAUCAGGAGGAAAAAGUUGGUGGAGCGUCUGGCCUCAUCGCCGAGGAUGUCGGCGAUGGCAUGUCCGCUCGAUCGCCUCAUCUGGCAAGGGGCUGGCAGGUCGCAGGCGAAGGCGGCUGGGCAGCAGCUCCGGAUCUCAAGGUGGAAGUAGACGCAAAGCACGUCUCCAGCGAACAUGAUGCUCCAUGCAAUGAGCGCGAUGCUCGGGAACAGGCACUGCGGGAGCAGGCGGACAAGGUGCUUGAAAAAUGGGCACGUCAGGUGCUUAACGCUUGUAGAGGAUCUGAAAUGAGGCUCAUUGACAGCCCUUAG